AUGGGAUAUGCUUUUCCAGGAGGUCUUGCUGAGGAUCAUGUUAAUGGUUCAAAACUUGGUCCAUUAUUUUAUGCUAGCUAUGUGAUCAGAAGAAAUAAACCAAGCACUGUUCCAAAUGUCACCACCACUAAUUCUUAUCCUCAAUUUAAUGUCUUAAAGUUUUCCAAUACAUAUCAAGCUCAAUGGAGAAUUGAUGGUUCUGACAUUUAUUUUUUAAUAACAUUACAAAGUUCGAACGGCUGGUGUGGUAUUGGUUUCAACCCUACCAGUAACGCUGAUAUGACAAUCAUAUCAGUCAAUUCAACAGAUUCAUCAAGCAUAGACGUUGGAGUUUACAUAUCUACUGACGAUACUGCCAAAUUUCUUACUAUUGUAAAUAGAACUGUUACAGAAGAAGGAUUCACCCAAGUGGAAUUUAAACGUCUCCUUAAUGCACCUAAUCGAAAACCAAUUACUGCUUCCUCGAUAAAAACAAUCUUUGCUUUUAAUCCAAACAGCUAUCAACUAAAUUACCAUGGUGAAAUAGAGCAUCGUAACCUUCAAAUUCUUGGCGCUAUUUGUGUUGGAAUAUUUGGAGCUGUAGCAAUGUCUUCAAUUACCAUCCAAUUUAGAGUUCCUAAUGGAAUGCACGCAUUACUUGGUACCACAAUUUAUACAAUUUUAGUUGCUCAAGUUGGACUUGGAUUAUUAGCAAUGUUUGGAUUGGCUUAUGUUGAAUCUGCAG